AAACAAGUCCAGCCACGCCUCAAAUAUCUUCCACUCUGGAUUCGAGUGGAGAAAAUCAUUCUAUAAGGCAGAGAAAGUCUGAUCCUAGUUAGUUCAGCAAAUUGUACUGCUUUAAAAUCUUCUAAGAUGGUACGCGAACAGUAUACCACAACAACACCAGGUACUAACCUACAUAGACCAGAAACGCAAUAUGUCUACAACGUUGGCAUCUACGGUUGGAGGAAGCGUUGCCUUUAUCUCUUCGUCCUCCUCCUAAUCAUCAUUCUAGUUGUGGAUCUUGCUCUGACCAUUUGGAUUCUUAAAGUGAUGUGGUUUUCUCCAAUUGGAAUGGGGUACCUGUAUGUUCAAAGCGAAGGACUUCGGCUAGAACGGGAGUCAGAAUUUUUAUAUCCUUUAUAUGCCAAGGAAGUUCACUCUAGAAAGGACUCAUCCCUGCUUUUGCAAUCCACUCAUAACGUGACUCUAAAUGCACGCAAUCCUGACGGGAAUGUCACAGGCAGAUUAAGUGUGGGUCCGGACAUGGUACAAUUUGAUGGUCAGGAAUUUCAGAUCAAGUCCAUGAAUCCGGAUGGAAAGCCUCUGUUUACAGUGGACGAAGAUGAAGUUGCAAUUGGUACAGACAGACUUCGAGUCACAGGGCUGGAAGGAGCUCUUUGUGAACAUUCUAUAGAAACGCCACUCAUUAAAGGUGUUAGAGGUCUUGACAAUGCUAAAGAGCUGAGGCUUGAAUCGCCCACUCGGUCUCUCACCAUGGAUGCUCCACGAGGGAUUAAUAUUAAAGCCGAAAGUGGGACUAUUACGGCUCUUUCUCAUCUGGAUAUCAAGUUGCAGAGCAGCGAUAGCAUGCUUAUGCUUAAUGCUGGACUGCGGCUGCCCAAAUUGCCUCAAGGAACAAGCGGAGAUUCUGAGAUAUCCUUUGGGCUCUAUGAAGUCUGUGUUUGCACAGAUGGAAAGUUGUACUUAGCAGUGGCUGAUGUCGUUUCCACUUGCCUGUAUUAUAGUCGUGCUUGUGAGUUGAGCAGCUAACACCCCGCGCUGGGUGCUCCCAGCCUGCUGCUAUUUUCAGGUGGGAUUCAGUCACAUACUGGCAAAUUCAGGUUUUGCAGUUAAAGUUGAUCUGGUGCUCUUCCACACAAACCUAUCAGACUUCUUGUGACAAGGAAAGCAAUGGGAAAAUGCAUUGGAAAGUGUGAGAUAACGCUUGCCGUAGCUUCGUAUAAUAUCCCCGCAAACAAAUCAGAAUGAAUGUCAAUAAACAGGUUGUCUGGA